UCCUUCGGUACGGCACGGUUCUCCUCAGGCGCUCCGAUGCAGUCAAACAGGUCUGAGCGAUCGUACAGCACCAGUCCUUUCUCGUCCAUCGUCGUAGUCGCACCGUCACACGUGCACACACAAGAGAGACAGAAGGAGAGGGGGGGAGAGAAAAAGAGAGAGAGAGAAAGAGAUCGAGAGUAUACAAAGACGACCACGAGCAGCGACCGAGGAGGAAAAGAGGUGAAGGAAAAAAUCGCGAGAAAACAGCGGGGGAAGUAGAAAAGAAGAAGAGGAAAGAGAGAGAGAGAGAGAGAGAGAGAGAGAGUAAAAUAAUAGAAUAAAUAUCGGACGAGGAAGUGUGUGAAUUAUACGAUCGAUCGAAAUUGUAUAGUUCAGUCGGUGGAAUCGAAACGACCGACAUGACAACGCCGGUGACAGUCUAUGCAGAACAAAAUUGAUUGAGUACAGCGAAGCUUUCAAGAAAAUCACCGGCUGUUACACGGAAGAAACGACUUUCUUCGAAUUUAAGCGUCAAAUAAUUGGAGCAAUGUGAUCGAAGAGAGGCAUAAUCGGCAUAGUAAGAGCAAACAGAACGUUUCCUGGGAACGAGAGAUGUGUAAAUAAGCGAAUCGGAACAGUUGCUUCGGCGAGAACACUAUACUUAUUUGUUAACUUAGUGAUCCAAAAACGGGACUGACAUUUGCGUGGAUUUCCAAUUUAUUUGAGUGAGAUGAACCAACAGUGCAGGGUAUGCGACGAACCCGCAGCGGGGUUUCAUUUCGGGGCGUUUACGUGCGAGGGUUGCAAGUCAUUCUUCGGUCGCACGUAUAACAACCCCACUAACGUGACAGCGUGUAAGAACGGCGGCAAUUGCAUAAUUAACAAGAGGAAUCGGACGGCUUGCAAAGCUUGCCGAUUAAAGAAGUGCCUAGACGUCGGUAUGUCCAAGUCGUGCUCACGCUACGGACGGCGUUCAAAUUGGUUCAAGAUCACGUAUUUUUCGGAGCAGAUGAGGCGAUGUAAUCAAAGUACGAACGAGAUAGCGUCGUUCCGUCCUUCCAAUAUCGCUACGUCCUUCCGUUUAAGUUAUCCACCGCAAAGUGACGGCAGCAACGAGACAGACAAUGGCGCGUCGACCAGUCAGGAAAAUCCGAUGAUCCAGUAUCCGUUCCAUACUGGACCUCCACCCGCAAUGAUGGUGAGAUCGAAUGGAUCGCCUCAUCCGGACGAGGUGUCUUUAUACCAACAACUCUAUCUGCAGAAUUUGUAUAUGAGGGAACAUCAGCCACAAUUGUCAUCCAUGACAACACCCCCGCCCAUAUCGAGGGAAGUCUCAUCAUCGCCGCUCGACAAUCGUUCACCACGGCAACAGAGCCCAUCCGCGGAAACUCCCACGAUAUUCACACAGGGGACAUCGCUUUACUCGUCGGAUUCUUAUCGAUCACCUAUGCCGGCGGAAUCAAUAUCGAGAAACACAAGAAAUGUCGAUGGAUCCGAAAGCGAGUCCAAUGACGAUGACCAUCGUCGUGAUGUACAGUCCAGGAGCAGUUCAAGUCGAUCGCCAUUCACUCCCACGAGAACAAACGAGCAAGAAUCGUCCAAACCCAGAGUAUCGAUCAAUGGCAUGCUCAUGCUCACAGGUCAAAAUUCUCUGUUACUCCCAGGGGGAGUAUCAGGGAUGUUCGCGUCGGGAGCACACUCGUUGUCAUCUCCAUGGAACUACAACAAUCUACUUCUGGUUGAUUCUAAUCGUAGUAAUCCUGCCGGCGAUGAACCAAUCGACCUCAGCAUGCGAGCAAGUAGCAGUCCGUCGCGAUCCAGAGAAUCGCCGGAAAAAGAAGAGAAAGAGGAAGAACAGGACGAAAAGAACGACAGAUCACCCAAGGAAGAAAACACGGCAUAUCCGCUCGAUUUGACGCUUCCCGCGGGUACCUCUCUGACGGCGAAUUGUUUUUGAGGCUCAUGAGUCGAUUGGACCGAUUUCAAUUUUCGGAAUUUUGUCUCCAAAGAAACACGCGAAAAUGCUCUGCGUGGUUUCUAGAGAAACGAACUCGAAAAAAUUUCGAGAGAAACGAUGGACAAUAUAUUCAUAAUAGUUACAAUUCCACUGAUAAAGUGAAUAGAAAUGAAUAACGUACCGUAGACGUGAUGUAUAUAGAACUCUUUUCGCGAUGGAAAUACAACAGUGAUGUUGACGAAGAGAAAGAAAAUGCUGGUCAUUUUGACCACCGGUCAUAGGUAGUACCAUCAUGGAAAUGUGUUCAUUUUGUACAUAUAUGUAAUAGUACUCGGAUUAAAUGGACGCAAUUUA